AUGUCUUUCGAAAUUCCAUCUCCAUUCCAAUGGGACGAAUCCUUCUGCGUUGGUCAUCAAGUCAUUAAUGAUCAACACAAGAAGAUCUUUGAAUUGAUCAAUGCUUUGGAUGCCGACAGAACUAAUGGAGCUGUUUUGAAGGAAUUGCUCGAUUUUGUUGUGAUGCACUUUAAAACUGAAGAAGAUGGAUUUGAAAAGGUUGCUUGGGAUCAAAAGGAUGCUCACAAGGAAAUUCAUGAUAACUUUGUCAAGACUGCAGUCUCUUUGACCUCUGUCGAUGAUGGAGUGAUGAAUUUCAUCAAACAAUGGUUGGUGGAUCACAUUAAGGGAAGCGACAUGAAGUAUAAGGGUGUUUUGUAA